GCGCAUUCUUUCAUCAUCUUUCGUGCAUAUCACAUUGUUGCUAUGUUAACAUAAUCAAGCUACCUUGCGCAGUUGGUCCUCCACCUCGGUUCGCUUUUCCACGCUCAAACGGGCCGGAAACUUUGUUUUCGGUAAAUUUAUAGUGCUGGUGUAUUUGAUCUCAGCUUUCGGGACACUUUUCGUACUGAAAUACCGUUUUGCGUCCCGCAAUCGGAAAGCCCAUCCUUCGUACCUGGUCAAUAACAUUUUACUAGGCUAAUAUGCACCCGACGAUGCGCUGCGAUACGGUAGGGGUGAUUCGGCCCAAGGUAUUUGGAUAUAUCUAAAUACAUACACCUUGGUUCGGCCCCGAACUUCUAAUGUCAUUAGGUGCAUCUGUCAAACCGGAUCGGCCGUGCAGUGUCGGCUUCGAAAUCAAAACAUUGGCUGCAUUCGGUGUACACGGCAACACAGCUGGUUCAGGCGACUAAGAAUGCCGAAAGAGUCCGAAGGCGGUGACGGUAAGCUGAAGGUGCUCGCGCUUCACGGCUAUCGACAGAAUGCAGAUACGUUUAAAGCCAAGCUCGGAUCGUUCCGCAAGUUCGUGAACAAGUAUGUCGAGUUUGUGUUUGUUUCGGCGCCACACACCGCAGCACCGCUCGAGGCCGGCGGCGAGCCCGAUCCGAACCAACGAAGCUGGUGGUUCAACAAGGAGGAUCGCACAUUUAAGGGCACUAACCAGGGUGGUCCGGCGUACGGGUUCAACGAAAGUUUGCGGCUUGUGGAGAAAACCUGGCAAACCGAAGGCUGCCACGGAUUGUUGGGCUUUUCGCAGGGCGCCUGCUUUGUCGGGUUGCUGUGCGAUUUGAGUGCACGGGGGAUGACGACUAUGAAGCCCCAGUUUGCCGUGCUUGCGUCCGGCUUCCGUUCGGGAAGCUUGGUGCACGUAAACUAUUACGAAAACAAGAUAGAGCUGCCGUCGCUUCACAUUUUCGGUGAGACGGAUGAAAUUAUUACGAAAGAUAUGAGUGAGGCGCUGUCGGAAACUUUUCUCGAUCCCGAAAUCGUAACCCAUGCGGGAGGCCACUACUUCCCGGCGCAAGCGUCACUGAAGGAAACGUAUGUAGAGUUUUUCCGCGACCAACUGCAACAGUACUUGGAAGCCAAAGAACUGGCGAACGCAACGGAAGCGAACAGUUUUCACAUUGAAGAACCGGCAGAACUGGAGACACUGCGCGAGCACAGGGAAAGCGAUUCGGAUUCCGAUUAAUAUUUAAAAGAAGAAAAAAAAGACCACCAAGCCACGAGUUAAAAGUUUGACUCCAGUAAGUUCUAUAGAUUUCUCCCUAACUUCUUCAUUUCCUUUCCAUAAUUUAAUUACUCAAAACCAUACGAAUAAAAUUACCCAAAGAGGAAGCAAAAGGUGAAAUGUAUAUAUAUAUAUGCUAUCCCUGUGUAUGGUACGUGUAGGCAUCUCAGCAGCAUCCCAGAGUCCGCUCGAAAAAAAAAAAGGUUUACACUUCAAUUGUCAUAGUAUCGACGCCUUAACGGUGGCAAUAGAUCAUUAAAGAAUUCAGAAGUGCGUGCGGUUAACAACAGACAGUGUAUUAUAUGUAUUUUGUUUUCUCUUUCUGAGAUAAGGACACACCGUGGGAGGCUACAAAACGUCCGGCGUCCGGUGUUUAAAGUCCAAUAUCACACCAGAGAAAAUUGGGUAGCUGCAAGAUGCAGAGUAUGAUAUUCGCCGCCUUGUAGAGCUGGACAUGGUUUUCACACAAAAUGUGGUAAAGUGUAGUUCGUAAAUUUAAUGAGCUUUUGCAGGAAAAUGAACGGGUGUGGAUGCCACUGAGCUAUCCAGUUGUGUAAGUAAAGAAAGUGAACGUAAAUGUGUGUUAAAAUGAUAGUAAGAGCGUUUCUGCGUGGUUCACAUCGGUUGCAGGCGCGGUAUGACGGACACAAAGUGGACGCUUCGGGUUAGCAAGUAGUGUGCGCAAGGAAAGAGAGAAAGACACAGUAAUAAUGAACGAAAUAAAAAAAAA